CGGUGGUGCUUCCGGCGCCAACGAAAGUGAAACUGAAGUUGAAAAUUGGGGGUGCAAUGAUGCAACACCAUCAGUGCCAAGACUAGCAAGACGCAUCUGAUAAUUCUGUUCAUCGAACUGUUAUGGGUAAAUGCAGCCUAAUUUUCAUUAGGAUACGACAACCUGGUGAAUCUGUUGCAUAGCCUAAUGACAAACCAUCGGUAUGAUACAACAGCAAAGGAUGGUGCAAAUUUUGUCUUGAGUCACUUUCGAAGACUGUUCUGUACAGUUUGACUGUUGUUCCUCGCGAUUGCCUCAGAUAUCGACGCCGGUGUCCCGGCAGCGCAGAAUAUGUUGCGCCGCGUCUGUUGAUGAAAUGGGAGGCGUUUAUAUCUUAAGCCUGACACUUCUGGUAUAUUGUGAAGCAUUUGAUAUCCAGGGUCCCUCGGGUCGUCUCUCUGCGCCUCUGGGAGGGUCCGUGGUCCUGCCUUGCUCGGUAGAGCCCCCCCUUCCUCUGGAGGAGCUGGAGAUCGAAUGGAGAAGGAGAGACACGAAUGCACUGGUGCACCUAUUCCAAGAGGAAGACGUCCGACCAGAGUCCCAGGACGUCAGCUUCAGUGGCCGAGCGUUCUUCUUCAAAGAUGAGUUGGAGAAAGGCAACUACUCUCUAUUAAUCUCCAGUGUGGUGAGAGAAGACACUGGUGGAUAUAUAUGUAAAGUUUAUACCAACCUGGAGUCAAAUGAGGUCAAAGUUGAAAUCAGUGUUAUUGAACACCUGGUAGUCAAGGGAGCAGGUGUGGUGCCUGGGAAUGUGGGGAAGGACGUGGUCUUGGGCUGUGCUGUGGACUCCCGCAUCCCCUCUGACAAGGUGGACAAGGUCAUAUGGAAGAGGACAGACCAGGAUGACCAUGAUAUCGUGGUACUGCUCUACCAUCUUGGUGUGGUCCUACCAAACUCCUCACACGAGAGGUAUCAAGGCAGAGUAGAGCUCUUUACCACAGAAAUCCCCAAAGGAAACUUCUCACUGAGACUAGAUGACGUCAGGACUGAAGACCAAGGAGAGUACAUCUGUGAAGCACAGAGUGGCCAUCUGUCAGCAAGUGCCAUCAUUGUCUUGCAGGAACAUGGGUCUCAUCCUCAGCUAAUCCUGGCAGCACUCUUGUCUCUCAUUGCUGCCGUAACAGCUGUUGGGCUUGGGGUUAAAAUACUUCGUUCUCCAGAUUCACAUGAUCUUCAAAGGGUGAAGCUCGGAUUGAUCCUUUGUCCAAAUAUCCUUAUCUUCACAGCAUUCAUGUUGUAUGGUGUAACAACUGGUUUUUUAGGUGAGAUUGUCACUUGUGCAACAGUCAAUUUUGUCAGAUGUCUUCCACUUCUGAAAGCUGCUCUCCACACAUUGCCUGACAAAAUAAAAAACAAUGAGAAUUGUUUUGAUGGUGUUACUGCCAUGGUGGAGUACUACAUCAUUGCCGGAGUUUUGUUUUCACGUGUCUUUACGGAUAUCCUGAUUCUUGGCAUAAAUGCAUACUAUGUCGGCUUCAUUGCAGCCAUGUACUUACUUUUUUACUUUGCAGAGAUAUUCGGUGAAAAAUCUCAGUGUUCAUGUUUUGCAUACAUCGACAUAAUCAACUGGGUACUGCUGUGGCUGCUUGUCUCAGGAUAUUCAACCCUCAACAUAUAUGUGUUCAUCACUACAUUAGUUCUUGUUCUUGGGAUGGAUAUACUCUUUCAUCUCAGCAAACCUGAUCAAAUCGGUCAACGCACUAAAUCUGAUGACACACAUUAUACCAUAUUGUUGGUGGCCAUGGUUCCUUUAUAUAUGCUACUUUUAGGUUAUAUAUAUUGGAUUUUGGCUGAUGUGAAAGAUGGCCCAGGGCUGAUAUGGGGCAGUGCCUUGCUCUACAUACUCACUGUUCUUUCAGGAUUUAGGCAUUCCAGAUUGAAACCAGAAUCAGAAUUAAACAAUGGGCCUGGUGGAGUUGUCGAUGUCUUCUUCUGUGCCUCUACAGUCCUCCCAGUAUUCAAUUCGGGCACACUCAUUUGGGAAUUAAUGGCAAGAUUAUGGAAUGGUGUGCGGUACAUUACUGACCUGCGAGUGUUUGUCCUGCCUACUGAAUGCCUCUUUGCCCUGGGACGGCUUGCUUUGAAGCUUCAUCUCUACAAAACACAGCAACAGUAGCAAAGCAGAGGGGGACAUUGGGGCCAGGAACCCUGGGCCUGACCUUUGGGGGAGCCCCCCUGCCAAUGGCUUUCGAUCGCCAAACAUCUCGCUGGGGCCCCUUCUACGAGAUUUUGUGUGCUCAAUUCCAUUAACGUUUCUUUCACAUUUCUAUGCUGAACAGCAAACUCAGUGUUUAUCAACUAUUGUGCUUAAUGACCAGACAUUAUUUAUAGCCCAUUUCAAUGGCAGACUCCAUCACGAGCCUCUGACACAUCUCCCAAGCUGUACUUGCAUGUGAUCAUUCAUCUCACAUCUGGACAUACUCUUGAUCUCCCAGAGUGAAUAGUCAUGUCAUGAAAUAAAGAAACACUCACCAGAAAUUCUAAGACAAAGUCACAGUUGACAAUAUGAGUAUGCUGCUCACUAUUGUGCUAGUCAUGGAAGCUCAUUUGUCUUUCUGGUAGCUUAACUCUGGCUAAAUAUGCACUCUCUGCUUCCAUGCAGAUGCAUGAGUUCUAUCAGUUGCAAUAUGCAAUGGCUGGUUGUAUAGCUGUGGAGUGUAGUAGACCUGUGCAGUGUAGUGAACAUAAAUGAUGUUAAUAUGUGUGCAUAACUGACAUGAUGCUAAACCAGUCAGGGAAUCUAUUUUCUUUAGUAAAUCUUGCUUUCUGCAAGAUGCACUUUUUACUUUCAUGACUUGCUAACUAAUUCCAAAAUGCAAUGGCCUGUGAUUGUAACUAUGGGAUGUAUGUAAUGCAGUAGACAUAUAUUUUGCACUGAAAGGCCUAUCAACAUUUGUGUAUUUUUUGUUUGUUUAUUUACUAUUAUUUAUUAUUGUUUGUGGGCAGUCAUGGGUAAGUGGUUAGGGCGUCGGAUUUGUAUCCCAAAGGUUGCCGGUUCAACUCCCUACCCACCAGGUUGGUGGGGGGAGUAAUCAACCAGUUCUCUCCCUCAUCCUCCUCCAUGACUGAGGUAUCCAGAGCAUGGUACCGUUCCGCCGCACUGCUCCCUAGGGGCCCCAAUGAGGGCUGCCCCCUUGCACGGGUGAGGCAUUAAUGCACUUUCGUUGUGUGCAAUGUUCACUUGUGUGCUGUGGAGUGCAGUGUCACAAUGACAAUGGGAGUUGGGGUUUCACAAUGGGCUUUCACUUUUCACUAUUUAUUUGUUUAUUUAUUGCUUAGGAUUUCAUUUAGUGUGUUCAAUUCUGUUGUAAUUAAUAAUAUUAAUAUCACAAAAUAAAUACAUAUUUAACCCGUUUUCAAUUA